CGAUACUCGACGGUACUGACAAGACUUGCACCGUGGAAUUGUCAUUAUUUUUUGUUCUAGCGCACGAAGUCAAAUUUUGUUGUCGCGUGUACUGAUGCUCUCAAAAAAGUCAAAAAAAUGGAGAAACAAGUCACAUUUUAGACGACCACAAAUUAGCAAGAGAAAACAACGAGAGGCCAGCGCGAAAAAACACGACAGAUAGAUAAAGCUAUCCCAUCAAACCCACGAGCGCAUUCAACCAUGAAAAGGUCCUCCGACCCCCAGCGACGUGUAAAAUUUUCCUCAAGUAUGCAACCAUUACCAUCAAAUCUGUUUUUCUCUCCCAAAAACGGUUCAUCGAAUUCUGCUUCCUCACUUCGGAAAUCCAUAGUGGAGAAUGACACUGCGCCAAGCUCAAGGAUCGAUGUUACACGAGAAAUUAUCGACAAGGUAUUAGGUAUCAUUUGUGCCGACGAACGACCUGACGACAGCUAGUAGCCGUCUAGAUGAUAUUUGGAUGCCAAAUUUCCCUACAUUAUGACAACCUUUAGAGCAACCGAUAGUGACUGAGUUGAGUCUUUUGCUCUAUUUAGAGGGAAAUAAACAAGAAAAAUCCCAUCUGUUGCUACCACUAUAAAAUGAUAUCAUGGUCAGUCUGAUAUCCGGACUCACCCUUGCACAACAACUUGCAUGUUUAAAUCUGAACAGCAACACGAUCUAGUCUGGAUUACAUGCAAAAGUCUUCACACUAUCUCCGCACUGUUCCUGACUUCGUUGCUGGUAGCCAAUAGUAAAAUGAUGCGAUUUUUCACCAGAAACGUAUAAAAUAUUAAACAGAAC